AUUUUGCGGUCGAAAGGUGUUUAUGAAAUAUUGCGUGAAUAUCACAAAUGGGAAUCAAAAUUUGGCAAAGAUAAAGAAUGUCUGUUGGCGUGCGAGAAUGUAGUGGAUAUUUUGAUAAAGAAAGAAGAGGAAAUUGGCUUGGACAACUAUAAAGAAGUAGAUGUACCUGAAGAUGUUGCACAUAAAUUUGUAAAGGAAGAUAAUGAGUAUCUGCAGAAUGUUUUAUGAGUAGUCUGAUAAGUUUAACUAUAUUUGUAAACUGUAGUAAAUAAAUGUUUUCCAAAAUAUACAUAA